CGUCGGCGCUGGAACCCGCUGGCAGCACCCGGCGCGGCAGGGGCGGCUCGCGCGGCGCGGCCCCAGCUCCCCCGCCAGGUCGCAGAGGAGAGCGGGAGCCGGCGUGCGGCCGGCGGCGCUGGCAGGAUGGGGAACCGGGAGAUGGAGGAGCUGAUCCCGCUGGUGAACCGGCUGCAGGACGCCUUCUCGGCGCUGGGGCAGAGCUGCCUGCUGGAGCUGCCGCAGAUCGCCGUGGUGGGCGGCCAGAGCGCGGGCAAGAGCUCGGUGCUCGAGAACUUCGUGGGCAGGGACUUUCUCCCUCGAGGGUCGGGCAUUGUAACCAGACGGCCUCUGGUGCUGCAGCUUGUUACUUCCAAAGCAGAAUAUGCUGAAUUUCUACAUUGCAAAGGAAAAAAAUUUACAGAUUUUGAUGAAGUUCGUCAUGAGAUUGAAGCAGAAACAGAUCGAGUGACUGGAAUGAAUAAAGGCAUUUCCCCCAUACCCAUUAAUUUACGAGUCUAUUCUCCACAUGUGUUAAAUCUCACGCUUAUCGACCUACCUGGAAUUACUAAAGUGCCCGUGGGAGAUCAGCCACCAGAUAUAGAGUAUCAGAUCAGAGAAAUGAUUAUGCAGUUCAUUACGAGGGAGAACUGUCUGAUUUUGGCUGUUACCCCGGCCAACACCGAUCUUGCAAACUCAGAUGCACUGAAGUUAGCUAAAGAAGUCGAUCCUCAAGGGUUGCGAACCAUCGGCGUCAUCACCAAACUGGAUCUUAUGGAUGAAGGAACAGAUGCCAGGGACGUUCUAGAGAAUAAGCUGCUGCCUCUCCGCAGGGGUUAUGUGGGCGUGGUCAACAGAAGCCAGAAGGAUAUAGAUGGGAAAAAGGACAUUAAGGCUGCCAUGUUGGCCGAAAGGAAGUUUUUUCUCUCGCACCCGGCUUACCGACAUAUUGCUGAUCGGAUGGGGACCCCACACCUGCAGAAGGUCCUUAAUCAGCAACUUACCAACCACAUUCGGGACACCCUCCCAAACUUCAGGAACAAACUGCAGGGACAACUGCUGUCCAUCGAGCAUGAAGUGGAAGCCUACAAGAACUUCAAGCCGGAAGACCCCACCAGGAAGACCAAGGCUUUGCUGCAGAUGGUUCAGCAGUUUGCUGUGGACUUCGAGAAGAGAAUCGAAGGGUCAGGGGACCAAGUAGAUACCCUGGAGCUCUCGGGAGGGGCUAAAAUCAAUCGUAUAUUUCAUGAACGCUUUCCUUUUGAGAUAGUCAAGAUGGAGUUCAAUGAGAAGGAGUUGCGAAGAGAAAUAAGCUACGCAAUCAAAAACAUUCAUGGUAUCAGGACAGGAUUGUUUACUCCAGACAUGGCAUUUGAAGCAAUAGUCAAAAAGCAAAUCGUAAAACUGAAAGGACCUUCCUUGAAGAGUGUCGAUCUGGUCAUACAAGAAUUAAUCAACACCGUCAAGAAGUGUACCAAAAAACUGGCCAACUUCCCCAGACUCUGUGAGGAAACAGAAAGGAUCGUUGCCAACCACAUUCGCGAACGAGAAGGGAAGACAAAGGACCAGGUUCUUCUACUGAUCGACAUCCAAGUCUCCUACAUCAAUACCAACCACGAAGAUUUCAUUGGGUUUGCAAAUGCUCAGCAGAGGAGCAGUCAGGUUCACAAGAAAAACACAAUUGGAAAUCAGGGAACCAAUCUUCCGCCUUCAAGGCAAAUUGUGAUUCGCAAGGGCUGGCUAACCAUCAGCAACAUCGGCAUCAUGAAGGGAGGCUCUAAGGGGUACUGGUUCGUCCUUACUGCUGAGAGCUUGUCCUGGUACAAAGACGAUGAGGAAAAAGAAAAGAAGUAUAUGCUCCCUUUGGACAACUUGAAAGUUCGAGAUGUGGAAAAGAGCUUUAUGUCUAGCAAGCACAUCUUUGCACUUUUUAAUACAGAACAAAGGAAUGUAUACAAAGACUAUCGCUUCCUUGAGCUGGCCUGUGACUCACAGGAAGACGUAGACAGCUGGAAGGCUUCUCUCCUAAGAGCUGGGGUUUAUCCCGAUAAAUCUUUAACUGAAAGUGAUGAGAACGGCCAAGCAGAGAACUUCUCCAUGGACCCGCAGUUGGAGAGACAGGUGGAGACCAUCCGCAACCUCGUGGACUCCUACAUGUCCAUCAUCAACAAAUGCAUCCGAGACCUAAUUCCAAAAACAAUCAUGCACCUUAUGAUCAAUAAUGUUAAAGAUUUCAUAAACUCCGAGCUCCUGGCCCAGCUGUACUCCUCCGAGGACCAGAACACGCUGAUGGAGGAGUCCGCGGAGCAGGCUCAGCGCCGGGACGAGAUGCUUCGCAUGUACCAAGCGCUGAAGGAAGCCCUUGGGAUCAUCGGCGACAUCAACACGGCCACCACGUUCACCCCCGCGCCGCCCCCCGUGGAUGACUCCUGGAUACAGCACUCCCGCAGGUCCCCCCCUCCGAGCCCCACCACCCAGAGGCGGCCGACGCCCGGCGCUCCGCUCGCCCGGCCUGCAUCCGGCCGGGGGCCCGCGCCCGCCGUGCCCUCCCCCGGACCCCACUCGGGGGCGCCCCCGGUGCCCUUCAGGCCCGGCCCACUGCCCCCCUUCCCCGGCAGCGGCGGCGGCGACUGGUUCGGGGGCGCCCCCCCGCAGGUGCCCUCCCGGCCCACGAGGGCCCCGCCCAGCGUCCCCAGCCGGAGACCACCCCCAUCACCAACUCGUCCCACUAUAAUCCGUCCACUAGAAUCCUCCCUGUUAGACUAAACGAAGUGUCUGGCCUGGCAAUUAAUUACUAAUGAAUUAUGUGAAGGCAACACACUUGAUCAGUAAAUCAUGAGUAGUCGCAUGCGCGGACAUCAGUAGGCAAGUAGCCCGUUUAACUAACGCAUUCAUCACUCCUCGUCGCCGCUCACGGUGUCUCAGACCUUCGGAGUUUGACUCUGGAAAACUGCUGACCCUUCGAGGCUUUAGAUGUUGUACUGACCAAGGGUAGGUCUGUCUAACAGCCCUAUAUUUUGAAAGACCGUUUGCCUACCCUGGCAUAUAUUUGAAAUUUGCUUUGGACAAGUUCCUAGGUUACCCACCAGGUAGCCCAUUAAGUGUAAUUCUUGAGAGCUUUGAGACGGUGGGCUUAGACCUAAGCCAUACGUGUAUUUACUUUCCCACAUUCUGUUUUGGCUGAUAGAAAUUAUGUUGUCUAUCAUGAAUGUUCCCUCCUACUCUAAUGACCUAUUUAGAUCCGCUUUCCUUUCUCUUUAUUUCAUAGGACUGCUAGGAAGUGAUUUUUUUUUUAAAUUAGGAUUCCUUAAGAAUAGACUUUUCCAGAAGCACAGGUAGUUUGCAGAGGAAAAGUUAACGCAUUGCUUGCUCUAGAGAGCUUCUCCUCAUCCUGAUGUGUUUUGCUUCAUGCUCGAAGCAUAUUCAACAACGAAUCAAAGCUUAAUUUUCUGGUAGUCGGUCAGAAGAUUUGGCUAGUUAGGUUCAGAGUUCAAGGAAGAAGCAAAAUGUCACAUCUCUAAAGUGUCUGGAAAUACCUAAUUUCUUUAUUCACACAUAUAUUCACCUCCCCGUAGGUUACGGUGAAGGCUGACAUGGGAAAUAUUUAACAUCCCACACCGAUGGAGAUGUAGACGUGGCUAUCUCCACUGUGACACGAACUGUAGUGGACUUAUUUAUGUGGCUGGAGCAAGUUUUUCUCUUUCCCAGCUAUUUGUAAUUCCCUCGUGUAAGAAUUCACCCUACCUUUAAAGCCGGUUUAACGAACUUUCCAUCCAUUCUAGGCUUGCUUAAUACAUCUUGAGCCUUGCUCUGGGAUGGCCGUUUUUAAAGGGGGCCCUGGAAUGAAACUAAAAGUCGUUUCGUGAGGGAUGCCGUGCUUCCGGUGCAGGAGCUCACGCUCUACAGCUGUACCUCAGAGUCUCUGCACAGGUCGUUCCAAAAGAUGGAACUAAGACGCUGAGAUCUAAAGCAACCUCACAAAUGCUAACACUGCAAAAAUUUACAAAAUCGGGUUAGCCUGGGGGUUAAUAGUUCAGUCCCGAGGCUGAGCUGUAGACGAAGUAGGACCAGGUGAUCAGCAUGUAGGAAACAGCCAGAAGCCGAGUGGAGUGCUGUCUGCUGACUGUUCGCAGACAGCAAGUCCUCACUGAACGGCGGCGUCCCAGGACACUAUUUCAUAUUCCACAGAAGUAAAUCAGGUUUCACCAACUGAAAUGUCUCCCUUUGAAAGCAGAAAACGUGAUUUGUAUGUUCACUCAGCUUUAAUUUCCUGUGUACUUUAUGCCCAAAGCAGACACCCAUAAAGCAUGAAGGAAAAACCUUCAGCCAUUAUUAAAAAGAGAACUUGCCAAGCGGAAUGGCAUUGUUUCGAAGUUAUUCUAAGGGGCUACAGCUACCCCACUUGUAAUAGGCAGCCAUCAGAGACUACGAGUUUACAAAAAGAACUUUUCCACUUUUAAUUUACAAGUGAUUCUGUAAAGACCACCACCCCAAGUCACCAGCCUGAAUCUUCUCUUAUCUUUUUUCUCCCCCUCAUUUGAAAAAAUUCUUAACUCUUUGUGAAUGGAACAGAUGUGCUAAAUAUGUAAUGUGUUUUUAAAAACGGUGCUGCAGCGAAACGGAAGCGUGUUACGUAAAUGUCCACAGUAAAACAAGAUGACCUGCGAGAUCUUUUCAUAAAGCUCCCUCUUUCGGAAUCCCUUUGCUUCUUCCUUUGAAUUCUCUAAAACAGGCAGCUAGAGGAUUAUAGACUUCAGGGUUUGGCUCUGUGCUAAACGUGGUUUUGCAUUUUGCUGUAUUUCAAAAAUUUCCUUCUGUCAAAGGAAAAUAUUGUGGAUAACCACUGGUGUGUUCUUAGAUCAGCACAAACCAUGUCAAAGAAAAUUGGAGAUGUUUUUCCAACUUUCUUUCCACUGAUCUUCUGUAGUCGUAAACAAUAGCAUUUGUCGUCUCUGGCUUUUGCUCUUGGAUUAUAAGCCUGCAGUUCCACUGCCCCGCUUGUCUCUGUUUGUAGGCACAUUUUUGUUCUCUUACCUCUUCUCAGUUAUGUCUAACAGAACCCAGCCUCCCCUGGAAUUCCAGAAGCAUGUUGGAGAAUACUUUGU